GAGAAGCACUUUAUUGCUCUUAGUGAUAAUAUCCGAUUUUUAAAUUAUAAUGAUAUUAAUGUAUGUGACAAAGCUCUUAACCACUUGCAAUCAAUUUUAAGCAGACAUGGGAAAUGCCUUAAAGACUUUCCAAACAUGCCUGACAUAACUACCUUUCCUUAUUAUGAGCAAGAAAACUGCUUAAUUAGAGAAGAACAGUAUAUCUUACUUGCAAAA